UUAGCGAAAGUGCCAUUUAUAUUACAUGCUUUCAAUAAGCACAAAAAUAUUCCAAUCUAUUAGGGGUUUGCGUCAUUUGUGUUACACAAAUUUCUGUUGACCGUUAGAAAUGACGGUUGACCUAACGGUGGCCCACUUUGUGUCCAUGUAGGCGUCACGUGGAUGCCACGUUUGAAAAAAUGCUUAAAAAUAUUAUUAAUUAAUUAUUAUUAUUCUAUUACAAAAUAAAAAUUCUUUCAACCCCACCCACCCUAUCUUUUUUACAGCAUCGGGCCUCUAUUCUCCCAACCCGAGGACGAAUGGAGCUACUCUCCUGCUACCUCCGUUCCAAACAACAACGACGGCGACUGUGUCGACAAAGCUUUGGACGGCGGCGACGCUGGAGCUUAGGAAGGGGGUCGUGGCUGUGGAGUUUUGAAAGGUGACUCUUGCGCUCGAGCUUUGGAAGACGGCGGUGAUGGUUUGUUGUUGAGGCGUCACAGAAGGAAAGACAAAGCAGGUCAGUUGAAGGGUGGAAGAUUGGUCGUAACUAAGGUCGACCGUUGAUCAACGACCAUUUCUUUCCACCUGCAAUUCCCCCAACGAAUGCGAAUCACCUGGCCAAUUUUUCGCCAAAUGGGUUGUUGUCUCAGUAGUGCAACCAAAUCCUCUCCAAUUGUUUCUGCUUCUCACCCUUCCUUAAAAAAACGACAACCGUUACGACUUCGAGCCGCCCAAGUUUCUCAAGCCAACCGCGAAAACCAGAGCUCUGCCACCGGACUGCAGCGAGGAAACCGUCAAGGAAGUCCUCUCCUCCGAAAUCCCCAAUCCCAAGCAUCCCCACAGGCUGCCGUCGCCGCAACAGCAACAUUACUCUGCCAUUCCACCUCCCCAAUCGCCGCUGAAUCCAGUGAAUCCGCAGCCAGAGGAGCCAAUCGUUGUCUAGGAGAAGAAGGAAAUUCAACCUUCGGUGGUGGAGAAACUAGUGGCCGAAGAGGAGAUCUCGGAGCAAGAUGUGUCGGAGGUUGCAGUGUGAGCGUGAGCUUUAGCAUGAGCGAGAGCACGAUGUCGACGGCGACGACGGCGAAUGAUGAGGAGGUCACGAUGAAGCAGAUGAAGUUGAGCAUGAGAUCUUCUCGGGCGGGGAAGAUGUCUGCGGCGGCAAGGAUGAAUCGGGCGUUUUCGACGGCGGAUGCAGACUCGAAGAUAUAGCUCUGCGCCGAUUCGACCACUCCGAUCCUCCGAUCUCACUCCCAGCGACGAUCCGAAGCCUUUGCCUCCACUCGCACGCUGAUUGAUUCUGCCCAGCUCGUCGAUUUAGGGAAAUUUUUUCCCUAUGGGAAGCUAGGGUUCUUCUUUGUUUCACAGUCGAGGGAGACGAAGAGGAAAGGUGAGAACGAAAUCAGUUUGGGGAGCCCGAUCCCGUUUUUAUUUUUACCUUAUUUUUUUCAUUUCAGUAAAUAAACCACCUCACCAAGCCACGUAGGAUCCUAUUAAGCGCUGACUGGGCGUUGAAAAGUCGCACAGUUAUGUUUAACGACCCAACUAACGGAGAAAACAUUUUAGUAUACAAAUGGCAUAUCCAAAAAGAUGUAAUAUUAAUGGCACUUUCGCUAAAGGAUGAUAUUUUUAGUGGUAUUAGCCCUAAUAUAAAAGAAUCUGCAAAAGGUUUGGAUAAAAAAUAGACAUUACCCUAUAUAUUUUACUGAAUGGCUAAACGUCGUACUCACGCGAUAUUGCUGGAUCGGGCUUUCGUCCAUUGUCCUAGAUUCCCCACUGCUGCCCCCCGUGGGAGUCCGGGCCGUGUCUCAGUCCUAGUGUGGCUGAUCAUCCGAAAAGACCAGCCAAGCAUCAUUGGCUUGGUCAGCCUUUUUUAUGAUGAGUGGGACUGAAGUCUCCAUAUACUUAUUUGGGCGUUUGAAAUGAAGUGGCCCGCUGGUGGACCCCCUUUCUUUCCUUCCUUUGUGGUGGAUCGACGAGCUAUAUAUUUUACUGAAUGGCUAAACGUCGUCUUAGUUUUACUAUUAUCGCCCUAACUUAAAACGUAAACUUACUAUUUUGUCAUUUAUUAAUCAAACCCAAAUUCAAAAAACAAACAAAUCUUAAAAUUCCUAAAACUUCUUGACCACCGCCGACAUCCUCUCCGAACACCCUUUCCGGCGACCCCCCCUGCAAACCGCCAUCGUUAUUUCUACUCUCCGUCGCCUACACCCGUCAUGGGUGCUGCUUCUGGAGUUUCCUGCCUUUUCCGCCGGAACGCAUUUAGAUUCGCUCACAGUGAAAGUAAUCCCUAUAAAGGGAUCUAUGUGGAUUUCGAUUAUAAUUUCUACUUUGAUGAAACCCAAAGUCGUUUCUUAGCAAAGUGCCCUAUUUGAUUAUGCCAUCAGAUCAAUACUUCACUAGCCUAUGGCCCGGCCGAUUGGCCGGUAGAGUUUUAUCUCGUCAUUCUAUCUUGUCACUAUUUUUGUCUAUUUCGAGUACUUAAAUUUAGUAAUAGUGCUACUUUACUAUCAAGUACCUAUGUAAGGGACACUACUCCUAUGAUCGAAUAACUAAUGGCCUUAUUUCAUAGCUUCAAGUAUUGUAUUUAUCAAUGUAUGAGUUUUAGGUAAAAGGAUUACUAUCAAGUGUCAUGAACACUAAAUUAUAGUUUAUCAACAUUCUUUCAUUUAGUACUUGUAUAUUCCAAAUCAGACCAUAAACUCUUCUCUUACUAACUCCAUCAAACUAAUUGAAUUCUAGUAGAUAUUCGAAAUGGAGAUUCAUUAUGUUACAAUGACUUACAAAGUGGCCACUACAUUGUUGUAAUCUCAUUUGCUAUUGCAUAUUCAAUGUCACGUAGGAUUUGCAAUUAACCAAAUUAUCAUUGAUGUAGUAACUAAUGCUCUAAGAAAUGAUUAGCAUAAGAGCAUCUACAUUGGUUUUGCAUUUUCAAUUGCAAGAUGAUAUAUCAUGUGUUUCUAUAAUUGCAAAACCAAUUGUAUUAAUGUGGCUAUGCAUGGUAUAUUUGCAAGUUUACAACAAAUGCAAUUGCAUAUAAGAUCAACUAAUAAUCAGGCCGCGCUCCGCGCUGGGAUUUGUGAUACAAUCUUAAAACAGAGACGUUACAUCUUGUAUUAUCUUGUGUUUCAUGUAAUCUGUGUCAAUUAGUUUGCUAAUUAUGAUCAAAGAAAACAGAAUAUACAAUAGUACAAUAGAGCAAGACAAAAGUCAAAAGAAACACAAUAGAUCAACAAUCCACCUUGAGAAUGCUCAUCUACGCAAAAGCACAAAACCCAACAUCAAUAAACCUGAAUUCUAACCAAAAUUACAGAACACCUUGUAAAUUAACAGGAUGAGCAAGCUAACGUCCAUGAGAUCCAAAGACUCGAGGCUUCUGCUCCAACUCACAAUUCCGAUGAAGAACCCCCUAUAAUAUUAUCCACCCUCUGCACAAUCAAACCACAUCCCAGGAACCCAGAUAGAGAUAUGCAAAGGAGGAAGUGGGGAUAUAGAAGCUCUUCAUGGCUCUUCUUGUUGUAGGCAGCCAUGGCGGAUAUAGAACGGAACUUCACAUGUUCAGGCUGAUCUCUUCCCCACUCUGCCUGAUCGGUUGCCAAAUAAGGUACUGUUCUAGUACCAAAUGGUGUUGAUAAUGGGUCCUGACCAGAUGCAUCAGCAAACAAACUUGUCCCACCUGCAAGUAAAGAAACUUUUAACACUAUGUUUGGGAAGGGGUGUAAAUGGAAGGGGGUGCAAGUUUGGAGGGGUAAACACAAGUUCCAAGGCGUUUACUCCCGUUUGGUUAUUUUGUAACAGUAGGGGGGUGCAAAACGUGAGCGUAAAUUCACUGUUUCGGCUUACCCCCCAAAUUGGGGUGCAAGGGAAGGAAGGAAGGGAGGGGGAAGGGGGAGGAGGGGAAUUAUGAAUUUUUAAUUAGAUUAUAAUUACAUAAUAAUCAAUAUUAUUAAUUUUUUCUUAUAUCUAUAUUAGUGUAGAAGUUGUUUGGGGUUGACCGUUUGACCCAGAGAGCAAGUUUGUCAAUGUUCGCCUCGUCAAAUCGAUAUCUCUUAGUUGACCCGAAUUUGCAUUGAAAAUUAGAGAUAAGAAGCAUUUGUUGAAAAGAUAGAGAGGAACAGUUUAGUUAACUCGAUUUACUUUAAUAAGUAGUUAAAACUUACAGAUUCGAAUGUGUUUGACUAAGUUUGACCAUAUUCAAUUUAAAGUUAGGCACGAGAACCCUCUUAGGAUGACCAGUUACGAGUUGGAUUUCGAGUUUCAAGGUUGCUCGACCAAUGAUUAUUAUUGUUGUUAUAAAUAAUUAUAUCUGGG